AUGCGCUACUUUGCCAUUGCAUUCUUGCUCUUCAAUUCAAUCACGGCUUUUGUCUUGGCUCCGAAAAGACCAUCUCAAGAUGAUUUCUACACUCCACCACAAGGUUAUGAAUCUCAACCAGUUGGUUCCAUUUUGAAAAAAAGAAACGUCCCCAACCCAUUGACGAGUAUUGUUACUUCAGUCAGAGUCCAAAACUCAUGGCAAUUGUUGGUAAGAUCUGAAGACACAUUUGGUAACCCCAACGCAAUCGUAACUACUGUCAUCCAACCAUUCAAUGCUAAAAGCGACAAACUUGUGUCGUACCAAACUUUUGAAGAUUCAGCUAAAUUAGACUGUUCGCCAUCAUAUGCUAUUCAGUAUGGGGCUGAUAUUACUACAUUGAUCACCGAAGCUGAGAUGUACUACAUUGCUGCUCUAUUAGAUCAAGGAUUCUAUGUCGUCACACCCGAUUACGAAGGUCCAAAGAGUGCAUUCACGGUUGGUUUGCAAUCAGGAAGGGCCACGUUGAACUCCAUUAGAGCCACAUUGAAGUCAGGAAACUUGACUGGUGUUGAUCCAAAUGCUCAAACAUUGUUGUGGGGUUACUCGGGAGGAAGCCUUGCCUCAGGAUGGGCUGCUGCCAUCCAAAAUGACUACGCACCAGAAUUGAGCAAGAACUUGAUUGGUGCUGCUCUUGGUGGAUUCGUUACAAAUAUCACCGCCACUGCGGAAGCAGUCGAUAGCGGUCCUUUUGCCGGGAUCAUCUCCAACGCAUUGGCCGGUAUUGGAAAUGAGUACCCCAGUUUCAAGAAUUUCCUUUUGCAAAAAGUUUCGCCAUUGCUUUCAGUCACGUAUCAAAUGGGUGACACACACUGUUUGCUUGAUGGUGUCAUUGCUUACUUUGGUAACUCAUUUUUCACCAACAUCAUUAGAUACUUCCCUGAAGGGUGGAGUCUUGUCAAUCAAGAGCCAGUCAAGACUAUUUUGGAAGACAAUGGAUUAAUCUAUCAAUCAAAGAACCUGACUCCUCAAAUUCCAUUGUUUAUUUACCACGGGUCCUUGGACGGAAUCGUCCCCAUAGUCAACUCAAGAAAAACAUUUAAUCAAUGGUGCGAUUGGGGACUUCAAUCGGGAGAAUAUGCAGAAGAUGCAACCAAUGGACACAUUACUGAAUCCAUUGUUGGUGCGCCUGCUGCUUUGACUUGGAUCAUCAAUCGUUUCAAUGGACAAGCUCCAGUUAGUGGAUGUCAACACACUGUGAGGAAAUCAAACUUUGAAUAUCCAGGUACUAUAGAAUCCAUUAGAAACUACUUCCAAUCUGCGUUAGAUGCAGUCUUUGGUUUUGAUUUAGGCCCUGAUGUCAGGCAAGAUAAGGUUGACUUGGGUGGAUUGCUCAAGUUGGAACGUUUUGCUUAA